UUACUGGGUCGGAUUCAUAACAGAGGCCUUCUCUCUAUCUUCUUCUUGGAGAGUUGAUUUCUUGCAACUUUCUCUUUCUCUUUCUUUCUCAUCUGCACAACAAUGGCGGCAUCAAUGGCGUCUUCUCAUUCUCUCCUUACCACCCGAAUAUACUCCUCAUCUCCUCCAACUCACUCCAAACCAACUAACACUGCCACCACUUCGUUUCGCUCCCCUUCUCUUAAAGCAUCUCUUUCCACCAAUUUUCUCUCUCCUUUCGUCGGCGGCAGCGUUGCCGGCGACUUUUCCGGCAACAAAAUUCGACCUCAUUCUCUCACCACCCCCAACUCUCGCCCGAAACGCGGCGUUGUCACCAUGGUCAUACCUUUCUCUAGAGGAAGUGCUUGGGAGCAACCACCGCCAGAUCUGGCUUCUUACUUGUACAAGAACCGGAUAGUUUACUUAGGCAUGUCUCUUGUGCCUUCUGUGACUGAGCUGAUACUUGCAGAAUUUCUAUAUCUUCAAUAUGAGGACGAGGAGAAGCCAAUUUAUCUUUACAUCAAUUCUACUGGAACUACAAAGGGUGGCGAGAAAUUGGGUUAUGAAACAGAGGCAUUUGCAAUAUAUGAUGUUAUGAGGUAUGUUAAGCCACCUAUUUUUACUCUCUGUGUUGGCAAUGCUUGGGGUGAGGCGGCCUUGCUUUUGGCUGCUGGUGCAAAGGGUAACCGGGCUGCCCUGCCAUCCUCUACCAUCAUGAUGAAACAGCCAAUUGCAAGGUUCCAAGGUCAAGCAACUGAUGUUGAACUUGCUAGGAAAGAAGUAAAGAAUGUGAAGGCAGAAUUGGUCAAGCUGUAUUCAAGACAUAUCGGAAAACCUCCUGAAGAGAUUGAGGCUGACAUUCGACGCCCAAAAUAUUUUAGCCCUAGUGAAGCUGUUGAAUAUGGUAUCAUUGAUAAGGUUCUCUACAAUGAAAGGAGCACAGAGGACAAAGGAGUUGUUGCAGACUUGAGGAAAGCGCAGUUCAUUUGAAUUUCUAAAGAUCAUCAAAUGUUGGUCAUGACUAUGUUCAGGAAACGAGCUUGUUCGGACUAUCAAGUACCUGCUUUUUCAUGGAGAAGACUUGCCAUAUGUAUAAUCUCUCCUCCUACAUAAUGGAGCACUCUAUAGACAUUGUAAACAGUAUUCCAGUUACUUGAUGACGAAAGUAGUACACGUUUAACUGAGAAAAGGGUGUACUGUGUAACUCUAGCUAUCUGUAAGGAAGAUGUUGCCAAAUGAAGAUUAUGUAUAUUUUCUGGUGCAGAAUCACAUAAGAUAGGCUGGUGAGAUGUUGAUAAAUGUUAAAAAUGAUUUUAUUUUUGAGCAUUGGAGUUGUCUAUAAUGAAUACAUACGGUAUUUUCAUUCUUA